AUGCCCUCCCCCAGCGGCUCCAGCCGCUCGCUGACCGCCCGCACCUCCCUUGGCCUCACCCGCCUCCGCCUGCAGCGCACCUGGCUCCAGAUCCUGCUGGCGCUGGGCUUCGUCCAAGUGAUCCUGGGUGUCCUGAUCGUCACCUUCAGCCUGGUGGCGGCCAGCAUCACGCCUUCAGCAAAGAUCCGGCACUCCUGCCCGUCCUGGGCUGGCUUCUCGUUGGCGCUUUCUGGGCUCGUGGGCAUCGUCUCCUGGAAGCGGCCGUUCACCUUGGUGAUCACCUUCUUCACACUGUUGUCGGUGCUUGGCAUCAUGUUGAGCCUGGCCGGCUCCAUCCUGUCCUGCCAGAGUGCACAGCUGGUGAAGUCCCUGGAGGCCUGCGAGAGGGAGAGGGACGCGUGUGUCUGCUGCCAGGCUCAACUGGUACCUGCACCUGCCUCUUGCAGUGGGCAGAGUGAGAUGCUGACCAUGUUCCCCCACCCUGACUGCCGGAGCAUCCGUGUGGCACUCAAGGAUCUUCUAUUCAGCGUCUGCGGCUUGACUGUUUUCUCCACCAUUGCCUGCACCCUCUCUGCCGUUGUCUGCUGCAUCCACAUCUUCUCCCUGGACAUUGCCCAUGUGCUGGUGCCACAGCGCUCGAGCUCCGUGACAUUGGAGUGCACAUCGCCGCCCGACACCUUCCUGCAGAGCAUGAUGGACUUCGAGGAAUUUGUGCCACCGGUGCCUCCACCCCCCUACUACCCGCCUGAGUACACCUGCAGCUCCGAGACCGACGUGCAGAGCAUCACCUACAAUGGCUCCAUGGAUAGCCCCGUGCCGCUGUACCCCACCGACUUCCCCCCCUCCUAUGAGACCGUCAUGGGGCUGCGGGGAGACAGCCAGGCCACGCUCUUUGACGCACAGCUGACGGACACCUCGCAUGCCUGCACCUGUGACCGCGUCCCCUCCAUCGUGCUCAGUGGGGAAGCGUCCAUGGACAGUGGGUCCCUGAUCACGUCUGACAUGGUGGACAUCGCUGGGGACAGCAGCCCCUCUGAGGACUCGUGCCUGCUGGAGCUGCAGGGCUCCCUGCGCUCGGUGGACUACGUCCUCUUCCGCUCCAUCCAGCGGAGCCGGGCGGACUACUGCCUGAGCGUGGACUGUGUGCAGUGCAGCCACCAUGCGCGCAGCCCCACACUGGGCUUGCAGGGCCCCUUCGAGGAGGUGCCACAGCCCCGGGCGCGUGGCGAGCGCUCCUACUCCUGCUCCACAGCAGAGCCGGGCCACGAGGGAAUUUUGGCUGGGGGGGCAGUGACCCACAGCUGCAACCGCCUGGAGGGGCUGGCCCGCUGCGCCGGGCCCUGCUUGCCCGAGGUGCGGCUCAAAGGCAGGAGCCCGCUGCAGGGCAGCGGGGGCGCCCGCUCAGCGGGGCCUGGCGGCGGCCACCUUGCCCACCUGCGCCGCAGCAGUGAGACCUCCUGCCCCUCAUCCCCAGCACCGAGGCCGGGCUGGCGCCUGCUCGUGAGAUCACACAGCGACCCUGGCACAGCGGUGGUGGGCGAUGCUGCAGAUUUCAGGGAAGUACUUUAUACCAAAGCACUGGAGGACGCUGUGUCUAACUCCUCAGCGGAUACAGGGCUGUGCUCGGAGGCCUGCCUGCUCCACCGACCGCAGUGUGACUUGCCCCUGCUGCUCCGCGUUGGCUCCGCUGGGAAGAACAAGCCCCCGGUGUCCAGGAAGGCGAUGCAGCAGCUGUCAAAGACAGCAGCCCGCUCCUUGGGGGACCUCAAGGCCUGCCGCGGCACCCGCGGGCUGGUGGCCCGAUUCCUACAGAGACCCAAGCGCAGCCUGGCCACGGCAGUGGAGGUGCCUGGGCACACCUCCCUGGGGCACAAGCAGGUUCCCCAGAGCGCCUGGCCGGGAGCAGAGCAGCCCCACAAUGGCAUCCACCUGCAGAGCUGCGGGGACCUGAGCUCCACCUCAUCCCUGCGCCGCCUCCUGUCUGCUCGACGCCUGGAGCGGGGCCGCCCGCACAGUCUCAGCGGGACCUGCAAGGAGAGUGUGCUCUGAGGGCCGCCAUGGAGCCCAGCACGUGGCGGGGGCUGCUGGACUCCACUGCUGCCCCGGUGGGACUGGGCCCCAUGCUGGGCACCCCCAGGCCAGGGCUAUGCUGAGGGGCUGGUCCCCGGAAGCAGCUGCACGGGGCCAAGCCCUGGCAGGGAACAAGGCUCCUGCCCAGGGAGUGGGUGCCAGUGGCGGGGUGAGACAGCAGAUGCCUGCAGGCUGGGCCAGGCAGCGUGAAGGCAGGAGGCUGUAUCCCCACCAGCCCCCACUCCUCCUGCUAUGCAACCCUCUGGGCCGGGCCGGGCCGGGACCUGGACCGAGGCAGCUAUGUGGGCUCCUGGCUGGGCUGGCAGUGCCUGGUGCCGGUAGUGCCCGGUGCCUGCGCUGCACAGCUCAGGCAGUGCGGAGGGCCCUGGCUGCCACGGCCACAGCUGUGGCCUGGCUGU